AUGCGCAGCAUCGACUACCACAUGUCCAGGAAUCCUGUAGAUCAGCAGCACAAGAGCUGCAGGUCCAAAGCCCUGGUACUACUUCUCAUCGUUGCCACGAACACUGCCUCCGUCCUCCUCUUCUCCGACGCCAGCUCUGUAAUCGGCAUUCGCUUUGGUGAGCGCCACCAGCGCAUGCCCUUCUGGAGCUCAGAUAAGAUGUCUCUCCUCGACUUCAACAUUACAGAGUAUGCCCUGUCCGCGAGCCAUGACGAGCUCGUGCACCUGCACAACCGCCUCACCAUGGCCAACUCCCUCGUCGACAUGCUCCUUGGAAACAGAGCCAAUGCCAGCAACAAUUUUGCUGCCGGGGAUGAGCAGAAGCAAGUGGCGGCCGAUAGGGAGCUUACCGGCGAGCUCAAGCUGGCCGUCGGCCCCCACAAGCUGCCAUUGGGCUUCAUGCGGAACCUGGGAACCGACGAGUUGUUCCCGACAAUGGGGCAAGCUUGCCGCCGUUUCCCGGAUGAGCUGAAGCGCUACAUGAACUAUCAGCCUGGCGGUGAGUGCCCGUCCGACGAGCAAUUCGCGCAGCAGCUUAUGCUCAAGGGAUGUGAGCCACUUCCACGGCGGCGUUGCCGGCCAAGAUCACCUGCAGGGUACAUCGAGCCGACGCCGCUGCCAGCAAGCCUGUGGUCCAUUCCGCCAGACACCAGCAUCGUAUGGGACGCUUACACGUGCAAGAACUACUCCUGCCUGGUGAACCGCGGCAAGACCAAUGGUUUCUACGACUGCAAAGACUGCUUCGACUUGCUCCACGGCCGGGAGAAGAGCCGGUGGACACGCGACACUGACGCACUCAACUACUCAAUCGACACCGUUCUUGCGACAAAGCCGAAUGGCACGGUGCGCAUUGGGCUCGACAUCGGCGGCGGGUCUGGCACGUUCGCUGCACGGAUGCAGGAGCGUGGGGUGACCGUGGUGACCACCUCUAUGAACUUCGACGGCCCGUUCAACAGUUUCAUUGCGUCGCGAGGUCUUGUGCCCAUGCACCUCAGCAUUGCGCACCGGCUGCCCUUCUUCGACAACACGCUCGACAUCGUGCACUCCAUGCAUGUGCUCAGCCACUGGAUCCCGGACCUGAUCCUUGAGUUUGCAUUGUUUGACAUCUACAGGGUGCUGAGGCCUGGAGGAUUGUUCUGGCUUGACCACUUCUUCUGCAUUGGCACACAGAUGAACACGACGUAUGUGCCCAUGUUCGAACGGACUGGCUUCAACAAGGUGAGGUGGAAUGCCGGCCGGAAGCUAGACCGGGGCAUCAAGUUGAACGAGUGGUACCUCUCUGCGCUGCUCGAGAAGCCGCUUACCUAG